AUGCGGUCCGCUCUGCAGACAUGUGCCGACCAAGUUCAUGCAUACUCAUCGAAUCGAGCUGUGUCAAUACAGAUAGCUGUGCGAGUCAAUUUCACGCAGGCCUUCAUCCUCGUGGUGCUCUGCCUCUUGUUCAAUGAGCGGUUCACCAAGGCCUCUGACAAGGACUUUGUCUUCUUGGAGCACUACGCCGGGGAGGCGACGAUGUCCCAGGAGAUUCAGGAUUCACGUUGUGGCAGGGGCUACAGUGCAGCAGCUGGGACUAUUCUUGUCUCAGUUCUUUGCGUGGCUUUGGGGGCCAAUUGGGUCAUCGAGCAGCCGGGUCUACGUUUGCCGUUUCUGGUUGAUGCACUUUGGACCUACCCACGACCUUUCGGCCAAGAAAUGGCCGAGCUGCUGCCGCUCUUCAACAAGUCCCCGCCAAUGCGGCCCACGCAGAUGCUGGAUGCCUCCACCGUGGAGAGGCUUCGCUGCUUGGAUAUGGGUGAAGAUGAUUGGGCUGAUGCGGGCCUCUGGGAUUUGCUACGUUAUGUCUAUGGAGCCAAAGGCUUGUGUAUCCCGGGACAGUGGAAGGAGCUCGAGGGCGCCCUUACGGUCGCAGCUGCGGAGGUGAAGACCGAGCCCGGCACAGAGACUCAGGUUGAGCGGAUGCAGAAUCUGCCCCACCUGCUGCAGAAGUUCAGCCUACUCCAAGCUACAACGCUUGCCCAGCAGACUGAGCUGAACAAGCUCCGCGAGACCCAGACACAGGAGCCGCAGAAGGCGAAGCCAGAGCGGCCAGCGCCGGUGUCGACCCAGGAGUCGCCUGCGGCAUCUGUUCGCGAGCUUGGCAGUCCCAGGGGCUCUAAGCGUGCGCAUCCCGAGACCCCUGUGAAGAAGAACCCCAAGGCCUCGAAAGCUCCGAGUGAGGUGACAACAAAUGAUGAUGACAGCUCCGAGGCCGAGGCUCCCAAGGUUCUCAAAGGCGAUACCUUGGAUAAGCUUGAGAAGGACAAGAUCCGCAGGAUCGUCUCCCCAAAGAAGGGAUCGGGGAAUCUGGAGGUCCCUGAGGACAUCUUCGACAUGUGGAAGGACGCCGGGAAAGGACGUCAGAAACUCUUCCAAAUGUGGGCUAAGUCCGGAAGGGUCAAGGGCGGCUUCUACAGCAAGGAGGAUAUGAAAUCCGAGCUUGGGUCGAGGAUCGAGAAGAUCGUUGCCUGGGCCGAGAAGAACAAUCUCGUUCGGACCUGCGAAUACGAUGAGGAGACGCUCGAGCACUGGGUGAAUACCAGGACGCUCGGGACCAUGACGAAGGAGGACUUCGAGAUGAUGCAGCGUGAGCGAAAGUAUGAAGGUGAAGGCGGUGAUGAGCUGGUGUUCAAGCCGGAUGUUCAUCUUGAUGGGUUCGACUUCAGUGAUGAUGACCGGAUGAUCCACAAGGGCAAGAAGAAUGUGGAGGGGGAGCACCAGAAGAGUGCCUCUCCGAUGAUGUCCAUAUUCCAGGUUGCAUCGCGAAUGAAGGAGUACUUGAGGCAGGUGCUCAAGUCCAAGAACUCACUGGACAGCUUCGUGGACAAGAUUAAGGAGAUCGAGGUUUUGUACGAGGAAAUGGGCGAUGCCAGGGCUGAGGGUAAGGCAGAGGCUGACGAGGGCACGCAAGGUGAUUUUGCCAUCGACACAUCAUGCCUUUGCCAUGUUGCUGGUGCUACGGAGUCGGCAGCUUCACGGGACCUUGAUCAGAGACUGAUUUCAGAAACCACUGUGGCCUCCAAGAUUCUAUGGCAUUGUGUCCGGAUGAUUAAUGCUGUCCGAAAAGAGAAUGGUGGUGACGCACUGUGUGUUUUCAAGAUUGGUCUUACUGCCAACCCGCUUCAGCGCAGAGCAAGCUACCUCGAGCAGAACUUUCAAAACUUCACUGUCAUACACAAGGUUUGCCGAGCCGAACUGCUCGGCAUGCUGGAGAUGCUGGAAGCUGCUCUGAUUGUCCCAGCCAAAGAUCUGGUCAUUGACGCCCAAACGGCGUGGAAGCGAGAUCCUUGCGAGGUCUUGGCCAAGAUUGCAAAGGUGCCGAUAUCUAAUGCAGAUGCACCCCUCUUUGCCAUUCUACGCAAGCAUGGGCUAGCUUGGCCUGUUGACUUUAGCUAUGCAAAGGCCGGCAAGGAGGCUAAGUACCCUUUUCUGAGCCCCAGGGCAAUGCUCGAAACUUUGAGUGCUGAGGGCUACUUCCACCGAGUUGUGGGCCUACCGGUUCACUUGGCAAGUGAAGGUCUUGAUUUCUUCUGGAAGAAAUUUCGAGGCCUCUACCCCCGACACAGCGUGUUCGAGAACAACAGUAUUGAUUUUACGAGGCUCAUCCCUUACUACCUGCAUGGGGAUGGGGGGCGUGGCUACAAGAAGGAGUCUGUCGAGAUCCUUUCCAUGUUUCCAGCCCUAGGUAGUGGCUCCAGGCGCAAAGCUGUAGACCUAAGUUCAAAAAGGGCUCGGGAGAAUGAAAUCGAGCUGGGCAUCAAUCUGACAGGAAGCUCUGGGGCCACAAGGUUUUUGUUUACUGUUGUCACCAACUUAGUGGCCAAGACUGAUGACAAACUCUUCGAUGAUAUCAUGGAAGUAUGGAGUGAACAACUGAAGGCAAUCCUAGAUGAUGGCUUUGAAGUGGGCGGGAGCACGUGGCGCAUCAUCAUUUUAGGAUUUACUGGGGACUCUCCAUACGUGAAGAAGGUUGCCAAGACUACUCGCAGCUUCCACAAUGUUCGGAAACGGCACACUUCCAAGAACGUGCAAAAGGGGUGCUGUUGGCUCUGUAAUGCAGGGUACGAUUCACCGGAGGAUGGCAUCUUUUAUCCGUUUGAACACCUUGGCUUCACUGAGCCCGCUUGGUUGCAGACGUGCAGGCUUAACAACCCGGUGCCAUGGGACGGCAACGGUGGCCGGCUUCUCCAGCACAUGCUGCUGGACAAGGAUGACACGCCGGCAGCUUUUUACAAGGCUGAUUUUUUUCAUGUGUGGCAUGCGGGAGUCGGCCAGGAUUACUGUUCAUCCUCAAUGGUGUAUUGCAUGAAAGUGCUGUUUGGAAGGGGGUCCGUCGCAAAGGAUGUGAGCGUCUUGAACGAAGCCUUGAAGAAUUGGCUGCCAUCGUCCAAACAGAAGCUUCACUGUGCAAAAAUCACAGAGGACCUUUUGGGCUACAAUGGCACACGCGAGUACCCCGAGGGCAAAUGGUCCAAGAACAUGGAUACAGCGGUUUUCACGAAUUUCAUCGUGUACCUCCUGGAGAGGCCCGACUUCCAGCCCCAACUUGAAAAUGAUAUUCUCGCGGCUGGCAAAGCAAUUGGUCAGGUAAUCCGGACGUGUUUGGAGGCCGACUAUUUUAUGUCGAGUGCGCAAUGUCAGACCGUCAUCAAGAAUGGGCACAAAUUCCUUACAGCGUAUUCUACGCUCGUGAACAAGUGCUACGAUCUGUCUUUAUGCUUAUUCAAGCUGCGACCGAAGGUUCAUUACCUCAACCAUGCAUUUCUGAAGGUAUUCGAGGAAUGGCGUGCCAGUUCCUCUGCCUGCAACCCUCUGGCGGAGUCAACAUUUAUGAGCGAAGAUUUUGUGGGCCGGGCUGCUCGCUUGUCUCGGCGUGUUUCGCCGCGUGCUAUCGCGAUCAAAACGCUUCAAAGAUAUGCGCUUUUCAUGCAGACAUCCCUCAGCAAGGAAACUGUCGAGAUGAUGGAUGUGUCAAUGCUGACUUGA